AUGUACCGUCAGAUAUUGUUGGAUCCAUUACAAACCUGUCUACAAAAAAUUCUGUGGCGAAACGAUCACACGGAUAAUGUCGAGGAGUACGAAUUGCUCACACUCACUUACGGAGCAAAUACUAUCGAGGAGGCGAGGGCUAUUCGAGACGAGGUAAUUCAAUUGUUGAAAGAGGGAGGAUUUGAGCUCGGCAAAUGGGCGUCCAACAACAUGGAAUUGCUUGAGGGCAUCAAUAAUCAAAACGAUCAACCGAUUGACAUUCAUGGCGACAUUGAAUCUUGUAUCCUAGGCACCAAAUGGGAUCGUCAUGAAGACGCUUUUUUCUUCUGUUGCAAGGAAGCGUCCGCUAACAAAAUCACGAAGCGUCAUAUAAUAUGGGACACAGCUAAAUUAUAUGACCCCUUAGGUUUGCUAGGGCCGGUUAUUGUUAUCGCUAAGCUUAUCGUUCAGGAGCUUUGGCAGUCGGAGGUUCAAUGGGACGACAUGGACACGCAGUCAAUGCAAAUUCAUGGGUUCUGCGAUGCGAGCCAGAACGCAUAUGGGGUUUGCAUCUAUGUUCGCACGAGGACAGGACCCCACGAAUAUCGUAGCGAGUUACUAUGUUCUAGAUCGAGAGUUGCUCCCCUUAAGGCGGUGUCUCUUCCGAGACUCGAGCUAUGCGCAGCGUUAUUGUUGGCACGUCUUAUCGCUAAGGUUCGAGAGGCUUUAGAUCACUUGAAAGUUUUUCUUUGGUCUGAUUCCACCAUCGCCCUUAAUUGGAUAACCUCGCCAUCCCGGAGGUGGUCCACCUUCGUGGCAAAUCGAGUAGGUGAGGUGCAGCGAAUCACAGAAAUUGAACAUUGGCAUCAUGUCAGUUCGUCGGACAAUUCCGCCGACAUCCUUUCACGAGGUUUGAACCCUAAUGAAUUAAUCAACUCUGCUCAAUGGUGGCACGGCCCAUCCUUUCUACAGAGGGAUGACGAUCAAUGGCCAGACAGUUUCGUGGUUAGGUUACAACAUGAGAUUCCCGAGCAAAGGAAAAUAGUUUCGACUGUAGCUACGGUAGACGACUGCAUUGUCAGUGAGUUGAUAAAUAGACAUUCUCGUAUCGACAAAGUUUCGAGAAUCAUAGCUUAUUGCCUGAGGUUCUUCAAGGCAUGGUGUCCAGGCACGCCGGCAAUUAGUGUAGCACCAGCAGAAUUGUCACACGCUCUAAGCGUUAUAUGUAGAAUCGUGCAAAGGCAGUCCUUUGACAAGGAAUAUAAGGCAUUACAAGCCGGGGGCACAAUCGUUUCUCCUAGCAGGUUACUUCUCUUGGCUCCCUUUUUAGACAAGAAAGGGCUUCUGAGGGUGGGAGGUAGGUUAAGUCAGUCGAACCUUGAAUACGAGGCACGCCACCCGAUAUUACUGCCACGCGGUCACAUGCUUACCAAGUUAAUCAUAAAACAAGAACAUAGGCGUACAUUACAUUCCGGGGCGCAAGCAACCAUGGCCAGCGUCAGACAGAGGGCUAGGCCGCGUCAGUCCGAGGCCGUAAUGGGCUCAUUACCAGCGGAACGCGUUACGCCAUCCAAGCCAUUCUCACAUUGCGGCGUAGAUUACGCCGGACCGGCAUUCAUUAAAGACGGUAAAAGACGUAAUGCUCAAUUGCGGGUCCGAAGGCAACUUAAAGAGCUUUACGAAUUUUGUAACAGUCAACAAUCGAAAUCAGACAUACAGCAAUUUUUACACAAUCAGGAAAUAUUGUGGAACUUUAUCCCACCGAAUGCGCCUCACGUUGGCGGCCUCUGGGAAGCAGCCGUUAAAUCGGCUAAGCAUCAUCUUACUCGUAUAGUAGGUCGAGCUCAUUUGACAUUUGAAGAGCUACAGACUUUGCGAGAUCGAAGCAGUUCUAAACUCGCGUCCUAUUACCCCCCUAAAUGGAGCGUCGAAUACCUUCAUUCGUUGCAGGAAAGGACGAAGUGGAGAAGCAACAAGGGUUUACAAUUACAACCAGGUCAAUUGGUAUUGGUCAAGCAGCAGAACUUGGCGCCGUUGCAAUGGGAAACGGGCCGCAUCCAGGAGAUUCACCCUGGGCCAGAUGGUAUCACACGUGUAGCCACUGUCCGGACCGCCAGAGGAAAUUUUGUAAGACCGCUAUCAAAACUCGCGAUACUCCCCUUGGAGGUAGCCGAGAAAAUCCAAAGCAGCAUUGCCGCAAACGUAAGAGACAUUUUCAAGGAAAUCAAUUUACCGAAGAAAAAAGUGAGAGCGAAGGCGCAAAUACAAGCGCAAGUGCGAGGAAACUUGAAAGUGCUAGUAGUGAUGAUGUAG